AUGACCGUAGACGGUCAGGUAUACUACCGCGUCAAUGACGACAACUCUGGACCAGAACUCCUGCUAGAGGUUUUCAGAGAACGAGGCUGGUUACCAUGGGUAGAAUCAAGCCACAAUAAAAGCCCUAAUUUACGAGACAACUCCGAAGACGCCGGUUCGAGCUGCCCUAGGACUCCGUCAACCAACGCUAACAACAUCAAUUGGAAUGACGAGAAAAAGAGCAGCUGUCGAAACAAUGGUAGUCAGAAUGACGCGGCAAACUUGAGCAGUCGCAGCAAAUGUGCAGAGAACGACGCGUGGCACAUCUGGUGGAGACAUGGCUUCCCGCUCAGCCUCUACGCAAAACUGGCACCUCAUCAGAUUUUAAGUCACAUCCCGAAGAGCCAGGGUCUCUGCAGGAAAGAUGUUUUGGCUAGAACGCUGCAGAGCAUGCGUAAGACGUUUGGGUCCAUCUAUGAUUUCUAUCCUACAACUUUCCUGCUACCAUGUGAAUAUACAAAACUAGUAGCCGAGUAUACUCGCCUAGUCAACUACAACACGUCAACAGCUGCAACUACCAUCAACAACUGCUCAUCGUCCUGGUCAAUUAGUUCAAGUGCUUCGUUGCAGCACAAUCGAACAACAAGGUACAAAAAAGAAGCAAACGUCUGGAUUUGCAAGCCAACAACGAGCUCUCAAGGAAAAGGCAUCGCUAUAUUUGACGAUGUCCACGAACUGAGUUACGGCGAGAGCGCUGUGGUGCAGCGUUACAUCGCGCGCCCUCUCCUGGUGGGCGGCUACAAGUGCGACCUGCGCCUCUACGUGCUGGUUACCAGCCUGUCCCCUCUCACCCUCUACAUAUACAACGAGGGAAUUGUCAGAUUUGGCACGGAAAAGUACAACAUUUCCACCCUGGACCGGCCCUACAGCCACCUUACCAACACCUCCCUCAAUAAGACUUCGCCGGGGUACAGCGUCGAGAAGGACAGAGUGGGCGCUGGCUGCAAAUGGAGUCUGCGUCAACUACGUCACCACUUAUCGACGUCAGGAGUACAGGACUGGCUGCUGUGGCAGAGGAUAUCUUGCAUCAUUUCGCUCACCCUCCUCGCGCACGUCGCCAAACUUAACACCGACGCCACACUGCCGCAUGGCGUUGCCAACUGCUUCGAGCUCUACGGGUUCGACGUUAUCGUGGAUGAGAACUUGAACCCGUGGUUAUUAGAAGUGAACAGAUGUCCUUCGCUAUCAUAUGAUUGCGACGUCGACAGAUACGUGAAGAAGCCCAUGCUCCACCACCUCUUCGAUCUGCUCGGUCCUCCAAGAGUUGCGCAAACUGUGGACAAACUGUUAAAUCCGCCUCGUAAAUUGCCGAAAACGUGGGAGUCGAGUAACAGUGUAUCGUCAUGGGACGAGGGAAGUUCUUCUACCGACUACGAAGAUUGUGGAUCCGAAAAUCCGUCUCCCAAAAUCAAUGCGCAUUCUUCGGUGAACUAUCCUCCUGGAAAGGAAAAUGAUAUUCCUGUCUCAUUGGGUGACUCGGAUAUACGACUACCUAGUGGUCCAAUUGAUAUGGAUGACAGCUACGUCGGCAGAUCUCGUCCUACUAGUUCUGACGUUAAGACAAGGAAAGCUGGUACUCGCAAGAGCUUGCGUGCUUCUUUAGUGUUGGACAAAUUCAACUCGAGCCGCCGGCAGACGAGUUCGUGGUCGCAGGAGAUGCAGCGCGAGGAGCGUGCAAAAAGCGGCGCCCAGGGCGGCUGGGUGCGAGUCUUCCCAUUCAACACUGCCACGGCUCAUGCUGCCAAGCACCCCCUUCAGGUAAUCGUUGAGAAAAUUUCCUAA